AUGGAUACCACAUUCAUCACCAUUCACGACCUCUCGCAAGAUGCGAAAAUCUUGUAUUCGUCCGACUCUAUAGUCGACAUCCUAGGCCACACUCCCGAUGAGGUGGUCAACAAGUCUUGUUGGGACUUCUUCCAUCCCGAAGAGCUCCCUUUGGCUCGCAAGCUGCACAGUCGAGGGGUAGACCUCGACAAGGCCGCUGUGCUAGCCUACUGCCGCAUUCAGAACCGCCAGGGAGAGUGGGUCGGAUGCGAGUGCUGCUUCUCGGUCGUCUACGAUGUCAUGGUCGUCUGCACCUCCAUCUAUCGUCGUGGCGAGAGUAGCCAAAAGCGAGCGGUGGAAGCACCACUCGUACGGCGUCUCUUUUCGUCCUCGCCCAAGGACCCUCGAUACCACAUGUUGUCUCAUCUGUCCAGCAAGUUCAGCUUGGGUCCUCAGGAACAGACUCACGAGCCCCGUGCGGCACUCUUCCUCAAUCGCUUCACUCGCACCCUGACCGUCAUGUAUGCUACUAGUGGGAUUGAGCAAAUCAUCGGCAUUCCCAGCGAGGAAAUGAAAGGUCGCAGCUUCUACUUCUGCAUCCAGGAGAAUUGCCUGGAGGAUGCCAUUAGAUGUUUGGAGUCGGCUAAAGGCAACGACUCCAUCGCUUACCUUCGCUUCUGGUUCCGUGAUCCCCGCCAGGACGACCGCCACCACUCCAUCGCAACCAAUGAAAGCGAGGACGAUGCUGAGAUGACGGAUGUGACCACCUCUGACGACGAAGAUGACAAUGGAACUGGCACUGGUAUCGGCGGAUCCACCUCCACCACAUCACACAGCAUUGAUACCCAUGAGGAACGUCCUCAUAACGACUCCCGCGCCAACUUGGGCUCCAGCUCCAGCCCCGCUGACUCCACCGAAGCCAUCUUCGGCGAGUCUAGCAACCCACACUCGAUCGACUCUUCAGUCGGCUCCCCCGGCGGCUCCAGCGUAUCCCGCAACGACCCCAUCGAGCUCGAAGCAGUCGUAUCCUGCACCUCGGACGGUCUCGUCGUAUGCUUGCGUCGUGCCCGUCCCAUAAUGCCGUACAACGCAGGCCAGAUCCCUGCCGCAGCCGGCCAACUCCAAGUGCCUCGGCGUGGCAUGUUUGCCGCGCCUUGGGCUCCAGAGCCUGUGUUCCUCCCGCCGCUCCCGGCUGCUCCACCAUUCCCGCUCGGUGCUCAGCAUCCAGCUAUGAUGAACGCGCCAUGGCAACAACCGCAGGUUGGUCCAAGCCAGAUGGACUUCAUGAACUCGAUCCGCGACGUUGCGGUCUUCGCAUGGGCCCUCACUGGCAUCAACGGCAGCCUUGCAGAAUACUCUCGAGGCAAACCCGUCGGUGACAGCCAGCCGCCCGAGGGCUUCCCUAUCUGGCAGCCUGAAGGGGGUUUUGGCCAUGACGGCGCCGGCAUGCUCCCUGCGACGCCGUCGGGAUACCAGUCUGGCAGCGGCAGCGGUGGGAGUGUCUCCGGCACUGCGCAGAAGGAUCCCUUUGGCGAUCCCGGACUCAGUGGAAACGGCGGCCAGGGGCGGAACCCAUACCAGUGAUCUCUGCGACGUUGAGAAAUCGAUGUCGGCCAGGUCACCACACAACACUAUCUCGCUUCGGUGACACGAAGCACACACCAUUUUUCGGAGUAUAUGAGGCAUGAGGCAUGAAGAUAUAAGGUAUCUUACGGGUGGAUUACUGAGUUGAGCGGGUGGCAGAUGGCAUGUCUGGUUCAGAUUCGAGCCACUUUACGCACAAGCGGUGGAUCUUUCGUUUACGGUUUUGGGGAUGUGGGGAGUAUAUAUAUUAAUAUUAAGACGCACGGCUUUGUACCGAGUCACCU